GACGAGAGUUUUAUUGUAGAGGAUACACGAAACUUUAUGAUGGUGAUAUUAUACUGAUAUGCGGUUUCUAUAUCAGUUUCACAUAUCAUUUUUCAACGCCGACAAAAUAAAUAUUAGCUACAUGCUACAUCUACCAAACUUAUCACGAGUAACCAUACUAACCAAGUUAUCAUCAACUGCUGCACAAAUACUAUAAACAACUUACAGGCUAUAACUUCAUUUUGGUCUGAACAAUUGUGAGGUCGUGAUGCGUCGUGUUGUCAAAAGUCAAGGUAAAUUUUUCCUUUAAACCGAGUGUGCAAGAAAAUGAGCAUGGAAGAAGUUAAGCUGAUUGAGACUCUCAUCAAAGACGCAAAAGCCAACGAAAGUGAAAUCAUCCGAAUUUAUGGUAACAUCGCCAGUAAAUUAGGGGAAUCUGCACCAUCCAAUUUGGUACCCUUCCUUAAUCAGUCAGCCGCUCACUUGUUAUCACCACAGGUUAUAGACAUCCUGAAAAAUCAUCGAAUUGAUGCCCACAGUUACCUUUUAGUGGCCAAUAAUUUGCUGGAUUUAGAAGACGUCAAAGAUGACCUACUGUACGGCGAUGUCCUAACGAACGCCAUACCCGCCAACACCAUCAGAAGGCUGAAAGUUGCAUUGGCUAUCACACCCUUGGCUACACCAGCAGCACAACAGCCACACCCAACAGUGGUGCCCAUAGUAACCGCGCCCAGCAUUCAAACGCAGAGUAGUCAACAGCAGUCUGGUGCCUCAGCUACUGAUGGGAAUGACAAUUUUAGAUUACCCAUCGAAAUCAAGAAAGAGUGUACCGAAAUGAAAAAUGUGGACGGUAUGCUUUGUUACAAAUUAAAUUUAAACGAAGCGUCCACGUUUGCUGGUGCGGCCUCCAUCAUCAAGCGAUUCGCUUUCAAUGCACCAGCAGCCCAUCCCCCAAAAAAGGAAUGGAAAACUAUUUUGCUGAUGGGUGCGACUGGAUCUGGCAAGACGACCAUGAUCAACGCAAUGAUCAAUUAUGUACUGGGCAUCGAAUGGGAGGAUCCUUUCCGUUUCAUGCUCGUCAAUGAAGAUCUUAGGGGGGCGUCGCAAGCGCACAGUCAAACGACCGGAGUCACGGCGUACGACAUUCAUUACAGAAAGGGCUUCCGCAUUCCGUAUUCAUUGACUAUAGUCGACACGCCGGGAUUCGGAGAUACCGAAGGCAUAGAUCGCGACAAAGAAAUCACUUCGGCCGUCAAACAAUUUUUUGAACAUCAAAAUGGCAUUCAGGAACUGGAUGCUGUCGGAUUCGUCGUGCAGUCCGCACUUGCCCGGCUUACUAGCGCGCAAACGUACAUUUUCAAUUCGGUCCUGUCCAUUUUCGGGAAAGACAUCAAAGAAAAUGUUCGUUUCCUCGUGACUUUCUCUGACGGAAGUGCACCUCUCGUCCUGGGUGCCAUAAUAGAGGCGAAACUUCCUUGCCAGAUGAACUCGAAUAAUUUGCCGUGCCAUCAGAGCUUCAACAAUGCGGCCGUUUAUAUUUCGGAGGCAUUAGCUAAAGAAAAUCUGCUAUUACGUUUCCAAUGGGAUAGUGGAAUAAAGAAUUUCAAAUCCUUUUUUGACGAGCUGAACAAGAUGCCGACUAAAUCGCUGCAGAUGACGAAAGAAGUGUUGCAGAUCAGAAAGUGUCUGGAAAUUCAUUUGGAUUUCAUGCAGAGGGGCAUCCAACAGCAGCUGAUGAAGAUGGAAGAACUGAGCGAGACGGAGAAAAUCAUCGCUCUGAACAAGAAUCACAUCGACGCCAACAAGAAUUUCGAGAUGAAAGUGCCAAUAUCCAAGAAGGUCAAAGUCAAGUGCAUCAAUAAUCAGAACGCCAUGAACUGCGUCAAGUGCGAAGUAACGUGUCACUUUCCUUGCGAUCCGUCGUAUUUUACUCGUUUUUGUCCAGCCUUCUGGGAUCCAGCGAAAUUAAUGUCUUCUGAUUCAAAAGAUGUCCCUAUGACUUCAGCCAUAAAAUUUUAUGCGAGUUCGUUGAGAACCGUUGUAAGUACUGCAUACAACUUGGUAGUUAAUGAGGAAGCUCUGAAAUGCAGGGUUUGUCCGGGUAACUGCCCAACCAGCGACCACCUAAACGAAGACACAAAUUGGCAAUACGUCCAGGAGGACGAGAUCAGGACCCUGUACGAUAUUCGCAAGAAGUACGAAGACGCCAUGGGACAGAGGCUGAGCGCUGAAGGGUUGAAGAACGCUUUGCAAGCGGAACUGGAACAACUGAAAUUCGAAAUGUGUAAGACGAUUGAAGAGAUCACACAAUGCUCGAAUUUACUGCAGCAGAAAGCCCUUCACGGUGAUCCGCUCACCACUCCCGAAUACAUUCAGAUGAUGAUCGAAAACGAGAAGAACGAGAAGAAACCCGGAUACAAUGAGAGGAUCAAGAGUUUGCAACAAGUGCUGAAAAAAGCGGAACUUACCAAGGACGUGCUAAAUAAAGGAGAAAUAACCAAGCAAUAUUCUCGUUAAAAAAUUUAAAAAAAUUUGCAUGUGCCACAACAGCGCCGCUUGCCAUCUAUUUUCGCUGUAGUAUACUAUUAGAAACGCAAUAGCUUUUAUAUAUUAAAUUCAUUACUAAAUGUUUUCUACUUAUAGAGAUAACAAAUCAGAAAUAUAAUUGCCAUUUCUUAUCAAUUUAAACCGUAAUUUUUCUGUAGAAUUCCUGGGAAACAUAAUACAAUGCUUUUAUAACCAG